CUUUACACAGAUGUGUGCGAGGCGUGCACAGUUGAAACGUUGGGACAUCGUGCGCGUAGUGGGAUCAACUUCUUUCAAGGGAUCUGUAGUGUCCUAUUCACACAGCUUGAGUUCGAUGUAUGCCUUAUUGUAAGGAAUAGAGAUCAAGGUGUUCGGAGACUUACUUUAGUUUAGUAUUUAACGCGUAUUGAGGGGGUUUAAAACGAAAGAAAAUGCCUGUACCGUCUCUUCUGCCUUUCACGACUACCCCGAAUAGGAAGUCUGUCAGCCCGACCUCCUUCAGGCUUACGGAGAAAUUCAUUUUGCUUUUAGUUUUUAGCGGUUUCAUCACCCUGUGUUUCGGAGCUAUUUUCUUUUUACCGGAUUCCUCUAAGCUCCUCAGCGGAGUUUUCUUCCGCUCGUCCUCGGUGGAGGCUGAGACGCGCACAGGUACGGUCAGUGACACGAGCACCGGGACGGGCAAGGAUGAGAAGAUACUGGCCAAGAUUAGGAAAGAUCACGAAAAGGCGUUGAUCGAGGCCAAGGACACUCUACAGAAACUACCAGGCGAAAUCAAGGAGGACAUCGAGAGCGAUAAAAAGAAAGUUGCCCUUAACGGACAGGUGAGGGGCGGAAAAGCUGACGGUUUGCCCCACGUUCAGUACGUUCGGCCGCCUGGAGCAACAGGGCACGAGCCGUCAGACCCUGAUGCUAAAGAAAAAAGAGCCAAGAUUAAAGAGAUGAUGCAAUUUUCUUGGGACAAUUACAAGCGCUACGCCUGGGGCUCCAACGAACUGCGUCCUGUCUCAAAGCAGGGCCACUCCAGCAAUCUGUUUGGAAGUCUCAAAGGAGCCACCAUUGUGGAUGCACUGGACACGCUCUACAUCAUGGAGAUGUAUGACGAAUUCGAGGCUGCUACAGAGUGGGUGGAGAGGAACCUGGAUUUUAACAUGAAUGCAGAAAUCUCAGUCUUUGAAGUGAACAUCCGUUUCGUCGGAGGGCUGCUGUCCGCUUAUUAUCUCUCAGGCAAAGAGGUGUUUAGAAAGAAAGCUGUUGAACUGGGAGAGAAGCUGUUGCCAGCUUUUAAGACACCAACUGGCAUCCCUUGGGCUCUCCUCAAUCUAAAGAGUGGGAUAGGCAGAAACUGGCCAUGGGCGUCAGGAGGAAGCAGUAUCCUCGCAGAAUACGGGACGUUGCAUUUGGAGUUCAUGCACCUCAGCGCUCUUUCCGGGAAACCCGACUUUGCUGAGAAGGUAAUGAAUAUUAGGAAGGUGCUGAAUCGCCUGGAUAAACCUCAAGGCUUGUAUCCCAAUUACCUGAACCCGAACAGUGGACAGUGGGGUCAACAUCACGUCUCAGUUGGAGGCUUGGGGGACAGUUUUUACGAGUACCUGCUCAAGGCUUGGCUUAUGUCAGACAGAAUCGAUGAAGAGGGGAAGAAACUCUACUAUGAUGCCCUGCAGGCAAUUGAGAAAAAUUUGAUCCGCAAGUCGAGUGGAGGGCUGACGUAUAUCGCAGAAUGGAAGGGCGGGCUUUUGGAGCAUAAGAUGGGUCACCUGACAUGUUUCGCUGGUGGCAUGAUAGCUUUAGGGGCGGACGGAGCCCCUGAUGAAAAGACGGGUCACCAGAUGGAACUGGCUGCUGAGAUCGCCCGCACGUGUCACGAGUCUUACGCCCGAACCAGUACGAAGCUGGGACCGGAGGCCUUCCGCUUCGAUGGGGGCGUGGAGGCCAUCGCCACGCGGCAAAACGAGAAAUAUUUCAUUCUGAGGCCGGAGGUCAUCGAGACGUACAUGUACAUGUGGAGGUUCACCCACGACCCCAAAUACAGGCAGUGGGGCUGGGAAGCCGUACAGGCUCUGGAGAAGCACUGUAGGGUGGAAGCAGGUUACAGCGGAGUGCGUGAUGUCUACGCCAGUACUCCCAGUCAUGAUGACGUACAGCAGAGUUUCUACCUGGCUGAGACACUCAAGUAUCUUUAUCUGCUUUUCUCUGAUGAUGACCAUUUGCCCUUCGAUCACUGGGUGUUCAACACGGAGGCUCACCCUCUUCCUGUCAUUAAGAAACAGAGCCCAGAGUUAGCCAAUCAUCUCAAGUAAACCCAAACCUACCUGGCUUUAAAAAACGUGACUUCCUAGACAUGCUUUGACAUUGGGCGAGAGAUAUGGACUCAAUAUCCCACCGUGGCUGGAGACGUCCUGGAGCUUCUCGUCUGUUUUUACAACCCUCAAUCCUGAAGCUCUCACCCCUGGCUGAUUGUCCUCCGCUAUCUCAAACGAUGGGAUUCUGCAUGCCGCCACCGUCCUCUCUCUGUCCCCAAUGCUUUGGUCACGUCUCUGAGCUACAGAGACCGGAAGGAUCGUAUCUCCUCUGUGAGGAGGCCGAAUGUUUUCCAUUGGACCGUCCCUCUCACACACUUUUUUAAAAAGCCAUAGCGAAUUCAAGCUUCAUCGUCGUUUUUUUGUUUUGUUUUUACAUCCUGUGUGUUUACUGGAACAAGGACGCUCCCUUAACUUUGCUGUUCUUUCUGUCGUUACGUAAUUCGCCGUAGCCUGUUUCUUAAAUUGUUUUUUCGGGGUGUGUUUGUUUGGUUGGCUGUUCAGGCUCGAUGACGGACGGCAAGGUAGCGAAACGAACUCAACUAGUGCCUUUUAGUCUUACCGAUAAAUGUUACAUAUUUCUUUUUGCCGUCUGCAUUUGUUUUGUGUCUUGAGGAUUUUAUCCUCCUAGGACAUUAAAGAGAUGACCAGAACCACUCGCACCAUCAUUCUGGAUGUGAAAAGCAAUCGUGUACGCAUCCCUCUACAUUUAUAAGUUGUUCCUCUUUUCUUUUCUAUCUUGCUUUGUAACAUCACUGAAAAAAAUGUGUACAAAUGUGUUUUGUUUACUCAGUCAUUGAAAGCAGAGACUUUUCUCCUACAUAUUAUGUAAAAUAUACUACUUUGUGUUAAUUUAUUACUUUUCAGUGCAGAGGGCAGGGAACAGUGACGAUGUUGUUUCGAUCGUUCUUAUCCUCUAGGACAGAUAGGAAGACGCGAGCGAGCAGCAUCAGUCAAAGGGCAGGGUGAAUAUUAGUUUGAAUGUACCACCAAAUGUGAAUCGAACAUAUUUUGGCUAGUUGUUGUGAUUUAUGAUUUUAUCUGUUUAAUGUUCGUUUUUUUAAUAUGAAAGCACAAAAACAUGAUUCAGUAUAUUUGGGUUCUCCCUGAAGAUAUAAGUGUAGGAUAAAAUGUGUAGGAUGGCACACAUGAGGAAUUUUGAUGCAAGGAAAACAAAGCGGACCACUACACUGGAUGCACACCAAAUAAGCAAGAAGCUCAUGAUAGGAAAACAUGUGGAUGUGUCACGUUGGUGCAUAUGUAUAUUUACAUCACAUAUAAUCUAUACAUACACUACAUUUAUUACCGAAUAAAUGACUGCAUUCCACUUUAUGAAAGAACAGACCCAUUUUAAGACCAUUAAUUGACGUUUGUAUGGAAAGACCUAAUUGACUUUGCUUCAGUGUGAUCGGUUGUUGCGGACUAACAUGUCUUUUUGCUUCGAUGUGAUUGGUCGGUUUCAGAGAAAUUUCUUUUUACUUCAAUGUGAUUAGUUUGUUAUGAAGUGACGUGUCUUGUUACUUCAGUGUGAUUGGGUGUUGCGGAGUGACAUGUCUUUUUUUGCUUCAGUGCGAUUGGUCGGUUGCAAAGUAACGUCUUUUUGAUUCAGUGUGAUUGGUUGUUGGGGAGUAAUAUGUCUUUUUGCUUCAGUGUGAUUGGUCGGUUGCAGAGUAACGUCUUUUUAUUUCAGUGUGAUUGGUUGUUGCGGAGUAAUAUGUCUUUUUGCUUCAGUGUGAUUGGUCGGUUGUGGAUUGAUGUGAUUGGUUGUUGUGAAGUGUCAUGCCUUUUUGCUUCAUUGCGAUUGGUCGAUUGCAAAGUGACAUGUCUUUUUGAUUCUAUGUGAUUGAUCAGUUGCAGAGUAAAGUCUUUUUACUUCAGUGUGAUUGGUUGUUGCGGAGUGACAUGUCUUUUUUUGCUUCAGUGCGAUUGGUCGGUUCCAAAGUAACGUCUUUUUGCUUCAUUGCAACUGGUCGAUUGCAGAGUGACAUGUCUUUUUAUUUCAGUGUGAUUGGUUGUUGUGGAGUAAUAUGUCUUUUUGCCUCAAAUGUGAUUGGUCGGUUGUAGAUUGAUGUGAUUGGUUGUUGUGAAGUGUCAUGCCUUUUUGCUUCAUUGCGAUUGGUCGAUUGCAAAGUGACAUGUCUUUUUGAUUCUAUGUGAUUGAUCAGUUGCAGAGUAAAGUCUUUUUACUUCAGUGUGAUUGGUUGUUGCGGAGUGACAUGUCUUUUUUUAGCUUUAGUGCGAUUGGUCAGUUGCAGAGUAAAGUCUUUUUACUUCAAUGUGAUUGGUUGUUGCAGAGUGAUAUGUCUUUUUGCUUCAGUGUGAUUGGCCGGUUGUGGAUUGAUGUGUCUUUUUGCUUCACUGCAAUUGGUCGAUUGCAGAGUGACAUGUCUUUUUGCUUCACUGUGAUUGGUGGUUGCAAAGUGACAUGUCUUUUUGAUUCAAAUGUGAUUGGUCGGUUGCAGAGUAACGUCUUUUUACUUCAGUGUGAUUGGUUGUUGCAGAGUGAUAUGUCUUUUUGCUUCAGUGUGAUUGGUCGAUUGUGGAUUGAUGUGUCUUUUUGCUUCAGUGUGAUUGGUCGGUUGCAAAGUAACAACUUUUUACUUCAAUGUGAUUGGUUGUUGCGGAGUGAUGUCUUUUUUUGCUUUUGUGUGAUUGGUCGGUUGCAGAGUAACAUCUUUUAAAUUCAAUUUGAUUGUUUUGUUACUUUAGUGUGAUUGGUUGCUGCGGAGUGAUGUUUUAUUUUUUGCUUUAGUGUGAUUGGUCUGUUGCAGAGUAACAUCUUUUUACCUCAAUGUGAUUGGUUGUUGCAAAGUUAUAUGUGUUUUUGCUUCACUGCGAUUGGUCGAUUGCAGAGUGACGUGUCUUUUUGCCUCACUGUGAUUGGUCGGUUGCAAAGUGACAUGUCUUUUUGAUUCAGUGUGUUUGCUUGUUGCAGAGUGAUAUGUUAUUUUGCUUGAACGCGAUUGGAUGUUGCAAAGCAAAAUGUCUUUAUGAUUCAGUGUGAUUGGUUGUUGCGGUGUGACUGUCUUUUUGCGUCAAUGUGAUUGUCUUGUUACUUUAGUGUGAUUGGUUGCUGCGGAGUGACAUGUCUUUUUAUGCUUUAGUGCAAUUGGUCGGUUGCAGAGUAACGUCUUUUUGCGCCGCAGCUGGUCGAUUGCAGAGUGACGUGUCUUUUUGAUUCAGUGUGAUUGGUUUUUGCAGAGUGAUUAUGAUAUUUUGCUUGAAUGCGAUUGGAUGUUGCAAAGCAAAAUGUCUUUAUGAUUCAGUGUGAUUGGUUGUUGCGGAGUAACAUGUUUUUUUGCUUCAAUAUGAUUGUCUUGUUACUUUAGUGUGAUUAGUUGCUGCGGAGUGACAUGUCUUUUUAUGCUUUAGUGCGAUUUGUCGGUUGUAGAGUAACGUCUUUUGCUUCGCUGUGAUUGGUCGUUUGCAAAGUGACAUGUCUUUUUGAUUCAGUGUGAUUGGUCGGUUGCAAGGUAACAGGUCUUUUUGAUUAAAUGUGAUUGGUUGAUUGUAGAGUAACAUUUACUUCACUGUAAUUGGGUUGUUGCAGAGUGAUAUGUCAUUUUGCUUAAAUGUGAUUGGAUGUUGGAAAGUGAUGUGUCUUUUUGAUUCAGUGUGAUUGGUCGGUUGCAAAGUAAAAUCUUUUUUUUCAGUGUGAUGGAUCUGUUGUGGACUAAUAUGUCUUUUUGCUAAGAUUGCGGAGUGAGGCUGCUGCUAUUGUAUGCCACACCCUGUUUGUCGUUCCCAUGGUGACGUGUGACUCUUUUAGGCAGUGUUUCUCAAAUAUUCACUUCCGGGUAAAAGUAAACCAACCUGCCUAACCAGUAUGUAAGUAGGUGUGGCUCUUUAGCUUUAACCAAUGGUGAUCCCUUUCAUGGAUGAUGUAUUAUCCUGGUGGAUCUAGUGAUAUUCUACAUAAAACAUUAGGAAAUACCUCGUAGAGAUUCUCUUUUGACAUGGUAUUUUUUCUGGUAGGCUACCGAACAGCAUAUUAUUAAAGUUACGAACCGUAAGAAAUAAAAGUAACGUCAGCCUGGAGCUUGGGGGAGACCUGUCAUGCAAAAAAAUAACACUGUGACACACUGUAGAUAAUACAUCACAUUCACUGUAUUCACCAUACAGAGACUCUAAAUGACAUUUAGCAGUGACGCAGUUUGGACUAGCGCUUGGUGCCGUCUCUUUAGUUUAAGUGAUUCAUCAAGCUGUGAGUUUGCAUCGUAGCGGUAAGAAUCCACAACGGCUCUUAGGAGGCAGACGUUUCCUUGCAGACUAGAUGAUGUGCUUUUCAGAUAUCUGGUUUAAAAUUUGUUGUUGUGUUGAUGAUAGCCAAUGCCUUUUUCGUUUGUGAUUCUCGUUGUUUGUUAUUUCUUCAAGAGAGACAACCUCAGAAACGUAACUGUACAAUAUUGCUGAUAAUCAUUCCAUUGCACAUAGUCUUGAUUUUAUUUUUCUUUAAUAUAUAUGCAAUUAAUUUUGUGGGAAAUUGUUGUUUGGUUUUAUUUCUUGGUUUUAAUUGUACAUAAUUCAUUCUGGCAAAAUGUCAGCCAUCAUUUAUAUAAAUCUUAAUGAUCUUAUGUAAUAAAUUAUAUUAAAGAGCAGAAAAGGUUUUUGAUAAACUAUAUUUGUUACACUUCAAUUGUGAAUAAAACAAUCUUUUAAUAUAA